AUGAAAGCCAAACACCGGUCUCCAAAUUUGCAGUUCAUUUGUCUCUGUGGAUUAGGUCAUUCCUUCAUCAAAAGUACACCUGAAAAUGAAAUUUCUUCAGAUUGUAAUCAUUUGUUGUGGAAUUAUAAGCUGAACCUAACUACAGAUCCCAAAUUUGAAUCUGUGGCCAGAGAGGUUUGCAAAUCUACCAUAUCAGAGAUUAAAGAAUGUGCUGAUGAACCAGUAGGAAAAGGUUACUUGGUUUCCUGCUUGGUGGAUCACAGAGGCAACAUCACUGAGUACCAAUGUCACCAAUACAUCACCAAGAUGACGGCCAUCAUUUUCAGUGAUUACCGUCUAAUCUGUGGCUUCAUGGAUGACUGCAAAAAUGACAUCAACAUUCUGAAAUGUGGCAGCAUUCGGCUUGGAGAAAAGGAUGCACAUUCACAAGGUGAGGUGGUAUCAUGUUUGGAGAAAGGCCUGGUGAAAGAAGCAGAAGAAGGAGAUCCCAAGAUUCAAGUCUCUGAAGUUUGCAAGAAAGCCAUUCUCCGCGUGGCUGAGCUGUCCUCAGAUGACUUUCAUUUAGAUCGGCAUUUAUACUUUGCUUGCCGAGAUGAUCGGGAGCGUUUUUGUGAAAAUACACAAGCUGGUGAAGGCAGAGUAUAUAAGUGCCUCUUCAACCAUAAAUUUGAAGAAUCCAUGAGUGAAAAGUGUCGAGAAGCACUAACAACCCGCCAGAAGCUGAUUGCCCAAGAUUAUAAGGUCAGUUAUUCAUUGGCCAAAUCCUGUAAGAGUGACUUAAAAAAAUACCGGUGCAAUGUGGAGAACCUUCCCCGGUCCCGGGAAGCCAGGCUCUCCUACCUUCUGAUGUGUCUAGAGUCAGCUGUGCAUAGAGGGCGACAAGUGAGCAGUGAGUGCCAGGGGGAGAUGUUGGAUUACCGACGCAUGUUGAUGGAAGACUUUUCUUUGAGCCCUGAGAUCAUCCUGAGCUGUCGGGGGGAGAUUGAACACCACUGUUCUGGAUUACAUCGAAAAGGCCGAACCCUGCAUUGUCUGAUGAAAGUAGUUCGAGGGGAGAAAGGGAACCUUGGAAUUAACUGCCAGCAGGCGCUUCAAACACUGAUUCAGGAGACUGACCCUGGUGCAGAUUACCGCAUUGAUAGAGCUUUGAAUGAAGCUUGUGAAUCUGUAAUACAGACCGCCUGCAAACACAUACGAUCAGGAGACCCAAUGAUCCUCUCGUGCCUGAUGGAACAUUUAUAUACAGAGAAAAUGGUAGAAGACUGUGAACACCGUCUGUUAGAGCUACAGUAUUUUAUCUCCCGAGAUUGGAAACUGGACCCUGUCUUAUACCGCAAGUGCCAGGGAGAUGCAUCUCGUCUCUGCCACACCCACGGCUGGAACGAAACCAGUGAGUUUAUGCCUCCUGGAGCUGUGUUCUCUUGCCUGUACAGACAUGCCUACCGCACGGAGGAGCAGGGCAGGAGGCUCUCACGGGAGUGCCGAGCUGAAGUCCAGAGGAUCCUACACCAGCGUGCCAUGGAUGUUAAGCUGGAUCCUGCGCUCCAGGAUAAGUGCCUGAUUGACCUGGGCAAAUGGUGCAGUGAGAAAACAGAGACCGGACAGGAGCUUGAAUGCCUCCAGGAUCAUCUGGAUGACUUGGCUGUAGAGUGCAGAGACCUGGUCGGCAACCUCACCGAGUUAGAAUCGGAGGAUAUUCAAAUAGAAGCCUUGCUGAUGAGAGCCUGCGAGCCCAUAAUUCAGAACUUUUGCCACGAUGUGGCAGAUAACCAGAUAGACUCCGGGGACCUGAUGGAGUGUCUGAUACAAAACAAACACCAGAAGGACAUGAAUGAGAAGUGCGCCAUUGGCGUCACCCACUUCCAGCUGGUGCAGAUGAAGGAUUUUCGGUUCUCCUACAAGUUUAAAAUGGCCUGCAAAGAGGAUGUGCUGAAACUUUGCCCCAACAUAAAGAAGAAGGUGGACGUGGUGAUCUGCCUGAGCACCACCGUGCGCAACGACACUCUGCAGGAAGCCAAAGAACACAGGGUGUCCCUGAAGUGCCGCAAGCAGCUGCGGGUGGAGGAGCUGGAGAUGACAGAGGACAUCCGUUUGGAACCAGAUCUGUAUGAAGCCUGCAAGAGUGACAUCAAGAACUACUGUUCCACGGUGCAAUAUGGCAACGCCCAGAUUAUUGAAUGUCUGAAAGAAAACAAGAAGCAGCUAAGUACCCGUUGCCACCAGAAAGUUUUUAAGCUGCAGGAGACAGAGAUGAUGGACCCAGAACUAGAUUAUACACUCAUGAGGGUCUGCAAGCAGAUGAUAAAGAGAUUCUGUCCAGAAGCAGAUUCCAAAACCAUGUUGCAGUGCUUGAAACAAAAUAAAAACAGUGAAUUGAUGGAUCCCAAAUGCAAACAGAUGAUAACCAAGCGCCAGAUCACCCAGAACACAGAUUACCGCCUAAACCCCGUGUUAAGGAAAGCCUGUAAAGCCGACAUUCCUAAAUUCUGUCACGGUAUCCUGACUAAGGCCAAGGAGGAUUCGGAACUGGAAGGCCAAGUCAUCUCUUGCCUCAAGCUGAGAUAUGCUGACCAGCGCCUCUCUUCAGACUGCGAAGACCAGAUCCGGAUUAUUAUUCAGGAGUCUGCUCUGGAUUACCGACUCGAUCCUCAGCUGCAGCUACACUGCUCGGAUGAGAUCUCCAAUCUGUGUGCCGAGGAAGCAGCAGCCCAGGAGCAGACUGGUCAGGUGGAGGAGUGCCUCAAAGUGAACCUGCUCAAAAUCAAAACAGACAUGUGCAAAAGGGAGGUGUUAAACAUGCUGAAGGAAAGCAAAGCAGACAUCUUUGUGGACCCAGUUCUUCACACAGCUUGUGCCCUGGACAUCAAACACCACUGCGCAGCCAUCACCCCUGGCCGCGGGCGUCAAAUGUCCUGCCUCAUGGAGGCCCUGGAGGACAAGCGGGUGAGGUUACAACCGGAGUGCAAGAAACGCCUCAAUGAUCGGAUUGAGAUGUGGAGUUACGCAGCGAAGGUGGCCCCCGCGGAUGGCUUCUCUGACCUCGCCAUGCAGGUGAUGACAUCCCCGUCAAAGAACUACAUUCUCUCCGUGAUCAGUGGGAGCAUCUGUAUAUUGUUCCUGAUUGGCCUGAUGUGUGGACGUAUCACCAAACGAGUGACACGAGAGCUCAAGGACAGGUAGAGCCACCUUGACCACCAAAGGAACUGUCUGUCCAGUACCUAGUUUGUACAGCCCUCCUGUAUAGCGUACCCACUCACCUCGUUCUUCUCAGAGGUGCCACCAACAAACACCCAUGUUAGAGCAGCAGCAGGUACCACUGCAUUGUCCCAUCUCAGACUUCACCCGUGUCAUGGUGUCCCUCCUUCCGACCAUCUGCGCAGCAUCAGCCGCUGGCCACUUGGUUAUCGCCAUUGUUGGCAGACUUAGGUUUACCUGUAGACAAGUGUAGACAAGUCUCUCAUACCAAUGGAACCACAGGUACUUCCAGAACCAACUCAUCUGACCUGCAACUCAAAUGAUUUCUUAAAAAAA